GUUGAAUCUGGGUCAUCUGAGUCCAAAUCAGACAUACACAACCGCAGCUUGCCCUUUGGCUGGGUAGCAGGGUGAUUCAUGGAGUUGAAGUCUUUUGAAGAUGAACUCUGAUUGCUGAUUGGGCUUCUUGGUGGUGCGGUUAAAAACUGAUUGGCUUGCGAUGGAGGAUGAUGAGCCUCUGAUGGAUGAGGGAAAGGACUGGGAUAGCUUCCUCUUUCCAAUGAUCACCUAACCACCCUUCAGCCUGUGAUUACUGUUCCUUUGAGGCACAAGAGCUCUUCCUAAACUCAGGUUAUUUCUCAACCUGUCACAUAAAGAGCUUGUGGACUGCAGCCAGACUCUGUGGAGAUGGGACAAAACAAAGGGAUGUACCUGGUGGACGCUGAUUGAGAGAAGUGCUUCUAACCCUUAUGUUGGUUGUUUUACAAAAGUUGAACAACAUGCAACUGCUGAGCAAAGUUUGAACGUCACCAUACCUCUAGGAACUACCACUUUCUCACAUAUGCUGACGUGGGCUUACAGUAGCCACACAUUUCUGUGUGUAUGUUUGCUUUACAGCAUCUUGGCAAGUAUCUAAACACAAGAGGGAGCGUCGGGUCUUGCCUCAUUUGCCGGAGAGGAUUUGUAGAGAACAUCCUUCUGUUUCCGCAUGCAGAAUAUCCUUGAUCAGAACUUAGACAUGGCCACAGCGCUACUUGCUGGCGAAAAGCUGAAGGAGCUUAUCAUGCCAGGCUCCUCUCAGGAUGAGAAGGGUGGGGCACUGGCUGGCCUCAUGGUGCAGCUCAAACUGGAGCUGCCAUUUGAUCGGGUUGUUACUAUAGGGACAGUCAUCAUCCCCAUCCUGUUGGUCACACUUGUCUUCACAAGAAACUUUGCAGAGGAAUCUAUAUACUGUUACACACCGCACAACUUCACCCGAGACCAGGCACUUUAUGCGAGGGGCUACUGCUGGACAGAGCUUUGUGAUGCUAAUCUUGGAGUGGACCUGUUUGAACAUAAAUUCCUGCCCUAUGCCCUCCUUGCCUUUGCUGGGAUCAUGUACAUUCCUGCCUUAGGUUGGGAGUUCCUUGCGUCUACGCGGCUAACUUCAGAGCUCAAUUUCCUGCUUCAAGAGAUUGAUAACUGCUACCACAGAGCUGCUGAAGGCAGAGCCCCCAAGAUUGAGAAGCAGAUUCAGUCCAAAGGCCCUGGUAUAACUGAACGGGAAAGGAGAGAGAUUAUAGAAAAUGCAGAGAAGGAGAAAAGUCCAGAGCAAAAUCUUUUUGAAAAAUACCUUGAGAGACGAGGCGAAAGUAACUUUUUGGCUAAGAUUUACCUAGCUCGCCAUCUAGCUAUCAUGUGCCUCAGCUCUAUUCCCAUUUCCUACCUGAGUGCAUACUAUGCACGGCAAAGGCAGAAUGAGUUUACUUGUGCACUAGGCCAGCCCCCAGACAUCAGCAGCUACCCAGAGUUAAAGCUUAAUGUCAACUGCAAGCUCCCUGCUGUGCAGCUGCAACGUAUCAUGGCUGUGGUAGACUUAGCCCUGCUAUGUACUAUGAACUUCAUCAUCCUGCUAAAUUUGUUGCAUUUGUUUGUGGUGCGCAAGUCUAAUUUUGUUUUUGACAAACUUAAUAAAGUCGGGAUCAAGACAAAGCGACGAUGGCAGAAGUCUCCGUUCUGUGACAUCAACAUUCUGGCCAUGUUUUGUAAUGAGAACAGGGACCACAUUAAGUCUCUCAACCGGCUGGACUUCAUAACUAAUGAGAGUGAUCUCAUGUAUGACAAUGUGGUCAGGCAACUGUUGGCUGCACUUGCACAGUCCAACCAUGACGUCACACCUACUGUGAGGGAAUCUGGGAUACAGACCAUUGAUCCCAACAUGGACCCUUCAGAUAUUGGGGUAGGAGAGAUAGCUGGGGAACCGCUGGUCAUCAAACGUCCCCGAAAGAAGAUCAAAUGGAUACCAAGCUCAAACCCUCUUCCUCAGCCAUUUAAGGAGCCGCUUACCAUGACCCGCUUGGAGAAUAACACUAAGCCUGAAAAGCCCAAACCACUCAGACGGAAAAACAUGGCAGACAGCCUCAUUGCACCACUGCUGGACAGUAAAAGCACACAGCAUCCUUCAACUAAAGACAUCAGUGGAAUGGAGAAGAAACAUGCACGAAACCUGUCUCUGGAUAUCCACCCGUACAUGCUGACAAGCCGCAAGCCAAAGGUGGAGGUCUCAACCGUUGAACCACUACCAUCAGAACACAACAUGGAUACUGUUUACCUAGAAGGCACUCACACUAUUGUUCAUGUCUCCUGUGCCAUGACAGAGCCUAAGAUUAGUUCCCCAGUAUCAACCACUGCUGCCUUUUCUACAGUAACUCUGCCCUCCACUACAUAUGUGAAUGGAGUGAGCCCCAACCCUCCCUCUAGUGAAGACGCACUCAGUCCCAAGUCAUCCCCUGCACUUAUGGAGCCUCUUGCUCCAGCUGACAACACUGAGCCACCUCUCCUGACCAAAGUCCCCACAAGCAAGCUUCGGAAUAUUCAUCACACCCUUUUUGAAGAAGAAGAGGAUGAAGAAAAUAGGAGAGGCCGGUUGGGAGAAAGACCUGGGGAGCUCAUUGCUGCUGGAGAAUGUUGAAAAGUACACCAUACACUCAACAAAAGUAUAAACGCCACACUUUUGGUUUUGCUCUCUUUUUUUAUGAGGUUAACUCAAAGAUUUAAAACUUUUUCCACAUACACAAAUUUACAAUUUCCCUCAAAUAUUGUUAACAAACCAGUCUAAAUCUGUGAUAGUUAGUACUUCUCCUUUGCUGAGAUAAUCCAUCUAUAUCACCAUGAUUAGUGCAGAGGUGCGCCUUAGAGUGCCCACAAUAAAAGACCACAAUUAAAGGUACAGUUUUGUCACACAGCACAAUGCCACAGAUGUCGCCAUGGAUGAUGGAGCAUGCAAUUGGCAUGCUGACAGCAGGAAUGUCAACCAGAGCUGUUGCUUGUGUAUUGAAUGUUCAUUUCUCUACCUUAAGUCAUCUCCAAAGGCAUUUCAGAGAAUUUGCCAGUACAACCAACCAGUCUCACAAUUGCAGACCACGUGUAACCACACCAGCCCACGACCUCUACACCCAGCAUGUUCAACCUCCAAGAUUGUCUGAGACCAGCCACUUGGACAGCUGCAGAAACAAUUGGUUUACAUAACCAACAAAUUUCUGCACAAUCUGUCAGAAACCGUCUCAGGGAAGCUCAUCUGCAUGCUUGUCGCCCUCAUCGGGGUCUCCGUCUGACUCCAGUUCAUCGUCAUAACAUACUUGAGCCGGCAAAUGCUCACAUUCACUGGUGUCUGGAACGUUGGAGAGGUGUUCUCUUCACAGAUGAAUCCUGGUUUACACUGUUCAGGGUAGAUGGCAGACAGCGUGUGUUGCCUUGUGUGGAUGAGUGGUUUUCUGAUGUCAAUGUUGUGGAUUGAGUGUCCCAUGGUGGUGAUGGGGUUAUGGUAUGCCCAGGCAUCUGUUAUGAAUGAAAAACACAGGUGCAUUUUAUUGAUGGAAUUUUGAAUGCACAGAGAUACCGUGACGAGAUCCUGAGGCCCAUUGUUGUGCAAUACAUCCAAAAACAUCCCCUCUUGAUGCAGCAGGAUAUUGCACGGCCCCGUCUUCCAAGGAUCUGUACACAAUUCUUGAAAGCUGAAAAUGUCCCAGUUCUUAAAUGACCGGCAUACUCACCGGAGAUGUUACCCAUUGUGCUUGUUUAGGAUGUUCUGAAUUGGCAUAUUCGACAGCGUGUACCAGUUCCUGCCAAUAUCCAGCAACUUCACACAGCCAUUGAAGAGGAGUGAACCAACAUUCCACAGGCCUUUUGGCAUCCUGUUCAACCCUAUGUGAAGGAGACGUGUUGCACUUCCCACCAAUAAAAUAAAACUGUACCUUUCAGAUUGGCCUUUUAUUAUGGGCAGUCUAAAGGCUGAUUUAUACUCAGAAACCAGGUCAUCUGCGUGUGUUGCAGUUAACGCAGAUAUGCCCCCGCCCCUUCCACAGACACUCUGGUGCACCUCUCCGAAAUUGUAGGUGACUGCAGACAGUGUCGCAGACAUGAGGCCUCUGAUUGGUCAAAUCUACAUCCCCUCACAAAUAUGCAUAUUUCCUGUUUGGUAUCUUACUGGCUUGUUCAGGUUAUAUGACCGCCAUUGUGGAAUACGACUCGUGAAGAUCGACUUGCUAGAAGAGCAAGGUGCGCAAGAAUGCUGAGACCUGGAUCCCCGCUCUUUUUCACCCUCAUGUCCCUCCAUUGUUGCACAAACUUACCUCUUGUAUUUUUCCACUUCCUCACUGCCUUGGCCGUAUCUAGACCCACAGCUAGUUUGUGAUUGUCCCUCUUGUGUUGUGCCGUGGAAUGACAUAAGACCAUCCUUCAAAAUUGGACAUAAAUCAAAAAUAUCUGCGUCAUACCUGCGAUAAGCUCACUGCGACACACUGCUGCAGGAGUAUAACCAGCCCUUAAGGCACAGCUGUGCACUAUUCAUGGUGUCUAAUCAGCAUCUUGAUAUGGCACACCUGCGAGGUGGGAUUGAUUAUCUCAGCAAAAGAGAAGUGCUCACUAUCAUAGAUUUAGACUGCUUUGUGAACAAUAUUUGAAGUAAAUGGUUAUAUUGUGUAUGUGGAAAAAGUUUUAGAUCUUUGAGUUCUUCUCAUAAAAAAUGGGAGCAAAUCCAAAUUUGUUGCUUUCAUAUUUUUGUUGAGUGUACUUCAGAACUGUGUGAUCACAAAUGCAACAAUCCCCUAUUUCUCAUCUCCUUCUACUCAUAUCAAUUCAUGUGACUGGUGUCCUGGGCAGCAGAAUGCAAGAAAAUGAUA